ACCGUUCGCAGACGCCGGAGCCACGAACGGUCGGACUAGCUACCGUGCACACGACCCACAUACGUGGCUGUUUUGUUGACCUUGAGUCUUGUUAUAGACCGAAGAAUUGAUUUUCGUCAAUACUGCAGGUCAACAUGGAGAAGCAGACGACACUGGUGUUUUUCGUCAACGGCCAGAAAAUACAAGAAAAUAAUGCUGACCCGGAUGAAACUCUCCUGCAGUAUCUUCGCAACCGCCUUCAUCUGACUGGUUCGAAGCUCGGCUGUGGAGAAGGAGGGUGCGGUUCCUGCACGGUGAUGGUAUCCAGAUAUGACAACAUCACUGAUAAAAUUUUUCACCUGUCAGUUAAUGCUUGUCUGGCACCGAUCUGUUCUCUACACGGCAUGGCGGUCACCACGGUGGAGGGGAUUGGUAGCACCAAGACCAGGCUACAUCCAGUUCAGCAACAACUGGCCAAUGCUCAUGGUACUCAGUGUGGAUUCUGUACCCCGGGAAUCGUCAUGUCCAUGUACACCCUUCUGAGAAACAACCCCAGACCUACACAGAAAGAGAUGGAGUCAUACUUUGAUGGAAAUCUUUGCCGGUGCACAGGAUAUAGACCAAUAUUGCAAGGGUUUAAAUCGUUCAUUAAGGAUGCUUGUCCAAUGGGUGCUAACUGCUGCCAGAACAAAAGUGUUUGUAAUGAGGUGAAGAAUUGUGAAAAUGGUCUUCUGAAUGGAGAGGUCAAUGGGACAUGUAAUGACAACCACCUUCUCUAUGAUCCUUCACAGGAACCGAUUUUCCCACCAGAGUUAAAGCUUAACGCACACAUCUAUAACACACCACUGAAAUUCUGCAACUCUCAAAGCACAUGGUUUAGACCGACAUCCUUGAAUGAACUGUUGGAGCUGAAGAAGCUAUAUCCUAGUGCCAGACUGAUUGUGGGAAACACUGAAUUGGGAAUAGAGAAAAAGUUUAAGAAUGCUGAGUUCCCAGUUCUGAUAUGUACAACACACAUUGAAGCAAUGAAUGAAGUACGGCUAGAUGAACGCGGGUUAGUGAUUGGUGCGUCCGUCACUCUGUCCCGGAUACAAGAAGCCAUGCAGAGUGCUGUUGACAGUUUGCCAGAAUGGAAAACUCGUAUAUUUGCUGCUUUCUUGGACAUGCUACAGUGGUUUGGCAGUCACCAGAUCCGAAAUGUUGCGGCAAUUGGUGGAAACAUAAUGACUGCCAGCCCAAUUUCUGAUUUGAUUCCUUUACUAAUGGCUGCUGGAGCUGAACUGUAUGUGAUGUCAAAGGAUAACAAACCCAGGCAUGUGAAAAUGGAUCAUUCCUUCUUGAAAGGCUACCGGAAAACAGACCUGAAUCCAGAAGCAAUCUUAAUAUCCGUGAACGUUCCAUGUAGUAAUGAGCAAGAACACUUUUAUGGCUAUAAAGUAGCCAACAGAAAGGAUGAUGACAUAUCUAUUGUUAGUGCUGGUUUGGACGUGCAGUUUCAGAAGGGAACAGAUGUGAUUGAGAACAUCUCCUGUGCCUAUGGAGGCAUGGCAGAAACAACUGUCAUGGCACUGAAGACAAUGGCAGCACUUGUAGGGAGGUAG